CAGAGCCUCUGAUCAGGCAAGGUUCUUUUCUGUCUGGUUAUUGGUACUGAUUCUGCUGUAAUCAGCGAGCCCUGAUUUUUUUUUUUGUUUCUUUUGGCGCUGGUGCGCAUUUUACGUCCCCAGGUGGAAGAAACCUCACCAUGGCUCCGAAGGACACUUUCUUCCGCUCGUCGGAUAUGAGCUUGACCCAGCUCUAUAUCGCGAAUGAGAUUGGAAGAGAGGUCGUUAGUGCUUUGGGUGAACUUGGUCAGGUCCAGUUCAGAGAUCUUAACCCGGAUACCAAUGCCUUCCAACGGACUUUCACCAAGGAGAUUCGUCGUUUGGAUAAUGUGGAGAGACAGCUGCGCUACUUUCAUUCCCAGAUGGACAAAGCUGCCAUCCCGAUGAGAUCCUCCGCCGAGUUUUCCGAUACGCUUGCUGCCCCCAUGGCGUCGGAGAUCGAUGAGCUUGCCGAGCGAAGCGAGAGCUUGGAACAGCGAAUUGCCUCCCUGAACGAUAGCUACGAGACCCUGAAGAAACGCGAAGUCGAGCUUACGGAAUGGCGCUGGGUGCUGAGGGAAACCGGUGGUUUCUUCGACCGGGCCCAUACCCACACCGAGGAGAUCCGCCAAUCGUUCGACAAUGAUGAAGCGCCUCUGCUCCGGGAUGUUGAGCAGCAGACCAACCGAGGCCAGAACGGCGAUGCUCAAGGCCAGCAGACCUUCCUUGAAAUGAACAUUGGAUUUGUGGCUGGUGUGAUUCCGCGGGAUCGGAUCGGGGCUUUCGAGCGUAUCCUCUGGAGAACUCUGCGUGGUAACCUUUACAUGAACCAAUCCGAAAUUCCCGAGCCCAUCAUCGACCCGACUACCAACGAGGAGUCCCACAAGAAUGUCUUUGUGAUUUUUGCGCACGGAAAGAGCAUUAUUGCCAAGAUCAGAAAGAUCUCCGAGUCUCUCGGUGCUUCUUUGUAUGGUGUCGAUGAGAACAGUGAACUGAGACGGGACCAGAUCCAUGAAGUCAACACCCGUCUGGGUGACGUCGGCAAUGUGUUGCGGAACACCAAGAACACUCUCGAUGCUGAGCUUGGCCAGAUUGCCCGCUCCCUUGCGGCUUGGAUGAUCAUUGUCAAGAAGGAAAAGGCCGUUUACGAUACGCUGAAUCGAUUCUCAUACGACCAAGCGCGGAAAACCCUCAUCGCCGAAGCAUGGUGCCCGACCAAUUCGCUCCCAUUGAUCAAGUCGACCCUGCAAGAUGUUAAUGAUCGUGCCGGCCUAUCUGUGCCUACCAUUGUCAACCAGAUCAAAACUAACAAGACCCCUCCGACUUUCGUCAGGACGAACAAGUUCACCGAAGCUUUCCAGACCAUUGUUAACGCCUAUGGUAUUCCUAAGUACUCCGAGGUUAACCCCGGUCUGUAUACCGUCGUUACUUUCCCCUUCCUCUUUGCCGUGAUGUUUGGUGACCUUGGACAUGGUGCUUUGAUGACAAUGGCUGCCUGCGCGAUGAUCUUCUGGGAGAGAAAGCUGCAGAAGACCAAGCUGGACGAGCUGACUUACAUGGCAUUCUAUGGUCGUUACAUCAUGUUGAUGAUGGGUCUCUUUUCUAUGUACACCGGUUUUAUCUACAACGAUAUCUUCUCCAAGUCGAUCACCAUCUUCCCAAGUCAGUGGUCUUGGCCCGAUAACAUCGAGAAAGGCCAAGCUGUUGAGGCUUCGUUGAAAUCUGGCUAUCGCUUUCCGUUUGGUUUGGACUGGAACUGGCACGAGGCCGAGAAUUCUCUGCUUUUCAGCAACAGCAUGAAGAUGAAAAUGAGUAUUGUGUUGGGUUGGUGUCACAUGACGUAUGCUCUUUGGUUGCAAUAUGUCAAUGCUCGGCACUUUAAAUCCAAGGUUGAUAUUAUCGGAAAUUUCAUUCCCGGAAUGAUCUUCUUCCAGUCAAUCUUUGGUUACCUCGUCCUCACCAUCGUCUACAAAUGGUCGGUCGACUGGGCGGCCAGGGGUCAAUCGCCUCCUGGUCUCCUGAACAUGUUGAUCUUUAUGUUCCUUUCUCCAGGUACAGUCGAGGAGGAACUGUAUUCGGGUCAAUCAACCGUCCAAGUUAUUCUUCUGCUUCUUGCUGUCGCCCAAGUGCCAUUGAUGCUCUUCUUCAAGCCUUUCUACCUUCGCUGGGAGCACAACCGUGCCCGCGCUCUUGGAUACCGAGGCCUUGGAGAGCACUCCCGAGUGAGCGCUCUGGAUGAUGACGUGGAUGGCCAUGCCCGCGAAAGCAUGGCCAGCGAUGGCGAGGGUGUUGCUAUGAUUGCACAGGACCUUGGCGAGGAAGAGCACGAGGAAUUCGAUUUCUCCGAGAUCAUGAUUCACCAGGUUAUCCACACCAUUGAAUUCUGUCUCAACUCUAUUUCCCACACUGCCUCCUACCUUCGUCUCUGGGCCCUCUCUCUGGCUCACCAGCAGCUCUCCAUUGUGCUUUGGGAUAUGACACUCGGUGGUGCUUUCGAGCAGGAAUCGCCCACCACCCGUGUCAUCAUGAUUGUCGCUACCUUUUACCUUUGGUUCACAUUGACAAUUGCCAUUCUGUGUGUCAUGGAAGGUACUAGUGCCAUGUUGCACUCUCUCCGUUUGCAUUGGGUUGAAUCCAUGAGCAAGCAUUUCAUGGGUGAAGGAAUACCCUUCGAAGCAUUUAGCUUCAAGACCCUUCUUGAAGAGGAUCCAGUUGACUGAUCUGGAUUUUUGCCAUUCCUUUUAGCUUUUUUCAUUUUCUUUUCUUUUUGGAUUCAUAGUCUUACAUCCCAGAGGGAGUCAAUUGAAUUCGAGGAAUUAUUGUGUCCUGUGAUUCCUUUUGUCAUCCGUCAGUGUACUGCUAGAACUCUAGAAAUAUAUAUUACAUUUACG